GGGGGACGGCGCUCGCUGCCGCUCCCGGAAGCUCCGUCAGCCGGCCGGGCAGACGUGUCGCUGCCAUGGCGGAGCCGGGCCGGCUGGAGCGGCUGGAGCGGCGGGUGCGGGAGCUGGAGGACGAGCUGGCCCGGGAGAGGGGCGGGCGGGCGGAGCCGCGGGCCCGCAUCGAGACCAUGAGCCCGGAGGUGACGGACACCAACCCCUACAGUCGCUUGAUGGCGUUAAAAAGAAUGGGAAUUGUCAAAGACUAUGAGAAAAUCCGUACCUUUACGGUAGCAGUCGUAGGUGUAGGUGGAGUUGGGAGUGUGACUGCUGAAAUGCUGACACGGUGUGGCAUUGGUAAGCUGCUUCUGUUUGAUUAUGACAAAGUGGAACUGGCAAACAUGAACAGACUCUUCUUCCAACCUCAUCAAGCUGGAUUAAGUAAAGUGCAAGCAGCAGAGCAUACUUUGAGGAAUAUUAAUCCUGAUGUUCAGUUUGAAGUACAUAACUACAACAUCACAACACUGGACAACUUUGAGCACUUCAUGGAUAGAAUAAGUAACGGGGCACUAGAGGAGGGGAAGCCUGUGGAUCUUGUUCUGAGCUGCGUGGACAACUUUGAAGCUCGUAUGGCAAUUAACACGGCCUGCAAUGAACUUGGACAAAUCUGGAUGGAAUCUGGAGUGAGUGAAAACGCAGUGUCAGGACAUAUCCAGCUGAUCAUACCUGGGGAAUCCGCGUGUUUUGCGUGUGCUCCUCCACUCGUAGUUGCUGCAAAUAUUGAUGAGAAAACACUCAAACGGGAAGGAGUUUGUGCAGCCAGUCUCCCUACAACUAUGGGCGUUGUGGCAGGAAUUCUUGUACAAAAUGUUCUCAAGUACCUGUUAAACUUUGGUACUGUGAGUUACUAUCUCGGUUACAACGCGAUGCAGGAUUUCUUUCCAACUAUGUCUAUGAAGCCAAACCCACAAUGUAGUGACCAAAAUUGCAGAAAACAGCAAGAAAAUUAUAAGAAAAAAGCAGCUGCACAACCAAAAGAAGAAGUAGUUGAACAGCAAGAGGAAAUAGUACAUGAAGACAAUGACUGGGGCAUUGAAUUAGUAUCAGAAACUUCAGAAGAGGAGCUGAAGGCUGCAUCUGGCCCGGUUCCUGAGCUUCCCGAGGGCAUUACUGUAGCAUACACUAUCCCGAACAAGGAAGAGAAUUUGAUAACUGAGGAAACGGUAGCAGAAUCUGAAGAAAGCCUAGAAGAACUCAUGGCCAAAAUGAGAAACAUGUAGCAAUAUUAACUACAACUCUGGGGAGUUUGGGUUGACAGUGGAUUAUAAGAAGACCACACUUUUUUUUCCUCCUUUUUUUACCUCCACUGAAACUUACCUUUGUGUUUCUGAUGAAAUGGAACUGUUACAGGAGACGCGGUUAUGUUGUACAUAGGGAUUGUGCUACUGUAAACUCUAAUUUCUCAGCACUCCUAGUGUGCAGCUAGCUGUUCAGUAGGAAAUAAAAAGAGAUGGACAAACUAAGGCAGAAGUUCUUCCCUGUGAGGGUGCUGAGGCACUGGCACAGGGUGCCCAGAGAAGCUGUGGCUGCCCCAUCCCUGGCAGUGUUCAAGGCCAGGCUGGACACAGGGGCUUGGAGCAACCUGCUCUAGUGGAAGGUGUCCCUGCCCAUGGCAGAGGGCUGGAACUGGAUGAUCUUAAGGUCCCUUCCAACAUAAACCAUUCCAUGCUUCUAUGAAACUCACAAAAGCAGGCACAGCACAAUAUAUGCACCAUCAUGUGAUGAGAACAGAACACAAUAUAAGACAAGUGAAAGAUGAGAUCUGCUGGAGAGCACCUGGUAGGCCAAGGGCAGAUAGUACCUCACUCAGAUUGCUGCUCCUGAUUUUCCAGGCACUUGUACUUGGCUGUUGCUCACUGGUCUCUGUAUUCUUGGCAUGGAUUGUGCUGUGACUGUUGAUCUGAGUAGAUCAUUUCAGCCUUUUCAUCUACUUUAAAUACUGCUGGAAUGGAAUUUUUUUUAACUACCCUGGGUUUAUCAAUGUUUUACUACUGCUUGUUCUUAAAUAGCUGCCUGUAUGUUUUGUAUGGGAUAAUGCUUUGAGUAUGUUGCAACAAGGCAAAGUCUCUAGUUAGUAGUAAUUAUACUAGCAAACUGGGUAUUAACAGUGCCACUACAUCAGCUGGCAGAUGUUUUUUGUGACACAAUCUGAAGAAUUACCAGCACCACUGGAGAGAACAGGAGAUGUUGUCUAUCUCUUUGAAAAUCUCAGUAUUUUUGUUGCUUAUUUAAAUUUCAGCUGGAAUUCUGAUCCAUCCCCAUUAUAUGGGUUAUAUUAAGGAAUAUACUUCAUCUGUGUUUGCAUAGGAAAGCUUCUAAAAUUAGAUGCUGUAAACUCCAUUUAGUGUUGCAAGUAUCUUCAGUGGAGUAGCUGAGCUAUUGCAUUUGUCCUGUAAAUAACAUUAGUACAGUCAUAGUACCUUUAACCUGUCACCUGUUAAACUGACCUGUAAAUGUACAUCCUGCAGUGACAGUGCCCUGCACAACUGGAAGUAUCCACUGCAACUAUGUGAGCUACUGGGGGCAUCUGAUCCAGAAUUUGAUCAUUAUUGAGAUUUAGAAGAACAUCCAUUGCAUUAUAAUACAAAUAUUUCCACCUUGGGCUCUUCAGAAACUACCUUUCCACAGCGUGAUGCAGCCAGCACAGAACCAGGUAGUAAUUAAUGGUAGUAGUAUCCAACCAACAUGUAAAGAGAGAGCAAUGCUGGGCAUGUGCUUCUGGUACUCAGUUUAAAACGGUUUGAUUUCUAAGCAAUGCUUAUAAACUUCACGAUC